AUGCUUUUGAUUUACGUAGCGGUUCCGGUGUUGAUACUUGAUUGGGGCACCAAGUGGUUGGUGCAGAAUCAUAUCACUCAGGGAACAGAGGUAAUUCCGGUUAUCUCCGGGUUUUUCAACCUUCGGCACGAUAGGAAUACUGGGGCGGCUUUCGGGGUACUCGCCGGGCAUAGGUUCUUGCUUAUUCUUAUUACCAUUGUCGCUUUGGUUUUCAUUUUUACCUAUUAUCUCCGAUUCAGAGAGAGCCGUUGGAUGCAGGUCUCGUUGGGUUUUUUACUCGGCGGUGCUGUUGGGAAUUUCAUUGACCGACUCUAUUUAGGUGAAGUUAUUGAUUUUCUUCAGUUCGGUAUAGCCAGCGAAGGUCUCUUUUGGCCCACCUUUAACAUUGCUGAUAUUUCUGUCUGUAUCGGCGCAGGUAUGCUGAUUGUUUACCUGUUCCGAAACCGUAAUCAAGACCAGCAGGCUUGA